AUGGACCAUAGGAGGUCCGUGGGGACCCACGAGGCUGUGGGGACACCCACGGUGGGAGGAUGGAAUGGCUGCCCGCCCGGGCUACACCCCUUCGCGCUAGGCGGGACCACGCAGGGGCGGGAGGGCGGCGGCCACCUCAGCUCCGCUCCCGGCGGCCGCGGGGCGGCGCUGGCCGCCGGCCUUCCGCCUCCCCUCAUCAGCGGUGCGGGGAUGCAUGGCGGCGCGGGUGGCACGGAUCCUCGCUUGGGUCCCCCCAAGCGCUUCCCGGUGGCAGCGGUGGAUGAUAUCCUGAAGGAUGUGCUGGGGAGCUACCUGAGGGAGCAGCCCUACGAGCCGACCCGGUGCAGGGACAUGGCAAAGGACCUGGCUGAGGUUAUUAAAGCUCGGGUGAAAGACCUUAUGAUACCAAGGUACAAGAUUGUUGUGGUGAUACAUAUUGGGCAGCUGAAUGAACAGAGCAUGCAGAUUGGAAGCAGGUGCCUGUGGGAUCCUGCAAGUGAUACGUUUUCGUCGUAUGUGUUCAAGAACAUGUCACUGUUUGCUCUUGCAACUGUCUAUGCUGUCUAUUUUGAAUAAGGAGGUAGCUGAGUUUAACAGCAGGAGAAAUGAACGUUCAGCUUAACUCUUCCUGUUGCUGAUGUUGAAAGUGGUUGUGAAGGACCAAGGCAACUUUCACCUGCUUUGAAAUAUGGUUACCAUAAGCCUUUCAGCAGUGAAUAUAAUAAUUGUAUUUCCCAGAGCUUUCUCUGGGAAGUGAUUCUCUGUGAAAUGCUGUUUUGCACCUGAUUCUGGCUGCUUUCAGAACCAGGUAUCCCUGUAAUGCUCUUUUUCCUCCAAGAAUUUGCCGUCAGUAUGUGAUCCCCAAGUAGCAACCACAUUUUUGGAAAGUAAAACAGAAGCAUUUUAAAACUAUCCCCAUUAAGUGGUGUUUGUGGGCAGAUGUGUGCCAGGGCCCAUGGCCCUGGUUCCAUGCACACACUGUAUUUUAGAUGCUGUAAGCCUCAGUAGCUGAGUGCUGCAAGUUACCCUGCCCUGCCUGGGGGAUAGUGCGGUCCCUUCAAACCUUCCUGCCGGCCCCAGAGGUGCCCCAGGUGCGCUCUUGUGGUGGGAGGGCAGCAGAGAACGAGGGAGUCAGGCACUUUGCUCACCCAGGGCUGUCCUGGCUGCCCCUGAGCACUGAGUGCAGAAAAAGUGGCUGAGAGAGGUAGAGAAAACUAGCUCAGUCCCAUAUUGUUUGAAAUAAAGUGAAAAAAUGUCUUAAAAUUGCAUCAUGUGUAGAGUAUAUAGAUCUAACAUGUCUGGGCCCUUCUAUUAAAGGCGCUUGAAUCUAGCAAAAAAAAAAAAGUUGAAUUGGUGUUCUCAGCUGAUACCUGCCUAUAGAUAAGAAGGGAAAUACAGUCCUCUCAGCUCAGAAGUGUAUUUCCAAUCUCUCUGCAUUCAAAUUAACUGUCCACUAAGUAGGACCUUAGGGGACAUUGCUGGAAGGAGCUGGAAUAGGAAAUAAAGCAUGGCUACUGCCUGCCCAGUUUAGGGGCUAGUGCUGACCGAUCGCAGGUCUCACGUGCUGCAGCCGUUUCCCUGCUGUGGUGGGGGUCUGACUCAGCCCUCAUGGUGCUGCACAGGGCUGUCUGCACUGCGUUGGCUUUAUUCUGAUUCUGAAGGUGGACUUUUCCUACCCGUAUUUCACAGCUGAAACCUGCUGUUGGGUUUUCAUAAGUUAAGAGAACAAGCAUAUAAUAAAUUGCUUAUUUUAUUACAUUUUAUGUGCAAAGCUUAAACUAGAACAGUAGUUAGCUGGGAAGAAAUAUUUGUACUCAUGACUGAAAGUUUAACUUUAAACCGCUGUAAACACUUUGUGGAAUCCAGACAGCCCAGCGUGAGCUGUCACUGCAGCCAUUUGCUGGUUUGCACUACAACACUUAACAUUCAGCCUUUACUCCCUAGUGUACUCCAAAGAAUAAAGCUACAGUUAAAGAAUACAACUGAAAUAAUUGUGGUUUAUGUCAUGAUUAUUUUAAUGCAUGGAAGUUGUAACAUUGAACCUUGUCGGUAUCUGCUGCGUUUUAGCACAGGGAGCUGAUCUCUCUCUCACUGCAGCCAAUGCUGCAGCAGGAUGUGGUAAGCAACUUGGCCACUUCACGCUUUUUUAAUGUAGACAUUUUUCUGGUGUGUUUUAAGUCUUGCUCUGUCUCAGGCUUGAUGUUGCGGAUUUCUUUGCUGUCAAUCUCCAGGCUCUGGUCCGUGUACAUCGAGGAGUCGGCAUAACCAUUGUUCUCUUGUGAGAAAGGCAGGAGAUUUUCACUCUCUGUUGCAUGAAAAUUAGAAGUUAAAAUUAGAAGUCAUGGAAUCGUGAGUUGUUUAAAGUAUUUAUCUUUACUAGAAAGACAGACCAGCCUACAGCCAGGGAGCUGAAAAUAUUACGCUCUGUAUUAUUGAUGUGAACAACCAAGAUGUACCAGAUCACUGACUUCUCACUGGAGCAGUAUUAAAAUAGAUAUGUGAGGUAUACAUUCUGUUAUUAACAUGUUAAAAAAAUAGUGAUUUUUAAAAUUUAUAUUGAAGAGAGUUCUCUGUAGGAAUAGUUGCCUUAUCAGUCUUACACUGACACAUUUGCUCUGAGGGGUAGAACCAUGGUUUGAUGUGUCAGUGGCACUUGAGCAGUGUGUUAACCUGGAACUGCUUGUGGGUUUCGUGAAAUGCAGAUGCUAUGUUAAGGCAUCAAAUACCCCACAAUUUCAAAGCUCCUGGAUGCUCCCACUUAAAUUACACUUGUGAUUCAUGUGCGUUUUAAAUACUGCAGUACAACUGGGCACUGCCCUGUGGAGUUUAUAAAGGUAUAGUAGUUAUCUCACUUAGUUUAGCAGUAGGGAUUUCUCCUUUAACAGACUCUCAGGUAGGGUGUUGCAGGUGGCACCGCUUUUUAUGUCUGUUCAAAGCUGCUGCUACAACAGAAUUUUCAAAAACAGCAGAUGUUACUGCAUGCAAAGUGUAGAAAGCCUCUGUUCCUGUCAUCUGCCUCAUUUAUUUUCUCUUUUUCUAGUUAUUUCAACCUAUUAAGAGUACAGAUUUCUAGCAGUGCAUGUAAUGGCUGAAUUUUCUCUUAUGUAAAAAUGUUCUAACAAAUAAUACAUACAACACCAUGUGAAGAUA